AUGUCCUCCGCCGUGCAGUCCACCCUUCGUCCCACCGUGGGCUCGUCCGAGCAACGUCAGCAGCACCAAGAGCGCCAACGUCAGCAACAACCACGCUCCGCCGCUUUCCAUGACGACAACGAUCUCAGCCUGCACAGUCGUCUCUCUCACGACAGCAACAACAGCUCCAACUUCACCCACCGAGCCGACACAUCCCCCAGUCGCAAUCAUGGAGGCCCCUUCUUUUCCUCCCAGCCCGACUUUGGCGCUGCCACCCCGCCUUCCUCUUCGCGCACUCGCCCUCGUCUAGAGCAUGCCCAUACACAGCCCUACACGCCUACGCGCUCGCGCACCGAUCUCCAUCACUUUGACACUGGUCACUCGUUCUCCGGUCCCAGUGCAAGUGCCCAUGGCAUCAGCUCUUCGUUCGACGAGGACGAGUUGCGCCAGAUCAUGUCGCGAGACCCGGGCGCCGACGCUGCCGGGGCAACCACCGACAGCGGAGAGGUCGCCAAGGGGCUCAAGUCGGCCAAUCACCAAGACAUCAGCCCUUUCCUCUUCCAAGGCGACCAGUCCACCGCCUCCUCGUCGGCGUCUUCCGCGCGCGCUCCCCUCGCCAGCCCCAAUGCCUCCUCCGCAAGCUACGCCAGCAACACGUUGCCUUCUUCGGCUACGAGGACGCGUUCGCGACGAACCACCGCCAACCUCGCCUUCGCGGACAAUGACGCCAGCUUUGGCAUCUUUGACCCGCCUGGUCCCACUUCUCCCCGCUCCCAGCACUCGCUGCGGCCCCAGACUCCGCCCUCGGCCACCACGUCCACCAGCACGCUCAACGGCUCCAAAGACGCCAGCGCCUUGGCUGCCAAAAAGUCGCGCAAUCCCUUUGGCUUCCUCAAAAAGAAGACGUCCGCCCAUUCGAAUGCAGCUGCGUCCCAUCCCGUGCGCAACGAAGCCUCAGUCUCUUCGCUUUCGUCCCGCUACGGCUCCAACGCGGCCAACCUCAACCCCAUGCGUCCCCCCGCCUGGCUCGACGGCUCCCGGCCCCUGGCCAGCACGCCCUCGCCCUCGUCCGCCUCGCUGCGCUCUCACCUCCACCCGCCUGCCGCCUCCAGUGCCCCCUCGUGGCAGAACCCUCUCGCGUCUCGCAUGGACUCGAUGCCCGCCGCCAUUAGUCUGGAAGACGAACUGGAACUCGAGCAGCAACCCAAGAAGGAUCCUCGCAAACGUAUCAAGGGCGUUCGUCACCAUCUCGGCAAGACCGUCCUGAACGACACGGACUCGGCGCGCGACGUACACCUCGCCAACCAGAGCCAGUCCAUCGAACAGGAAGUCGAGCUGUCGCUCGAUAUGAACUUUGACCAGCUCGAAGACUUUGUCGACACCAACGCCGCUCGCCAACGUCUGCAGGGGUCCGUCACCGACUCCACCAGCCCUUUGGACCAUCGCUCUCCCGAUCCGUCCGAAGCAGGCACCUAUCGCUCGCCCUCCCCCUCGCAGGCUUCCUCGCUCGAUCGCCAGCCUUCGGUGGCCUCGGGGGGUGCCGAGUCUUCCUCCCACUUCUCCGACGGCUCUCUGGCGCAUUCCUCCUCGUUUCGUACGCCGCCGAAUCGCAACAACACCGGCAUGUCCACCAUGGCGUCGUCGUCCACCCUCCUCAGCGAUCGACGCCCGUCGCAGAUUCACCUGAUGCCCCGCAACAGCAUCCCUCGGCUCAGCCUCGCCGAGAUGCAAAACUACUCCUCCCUCCGCAAGAUGUCUACCACCCUCAUCGACGCCUCGCAAGCCCCUACCUACACCCCUUCCGGUCUCAGCAUGCCUGUCGGCCGUGAUUCCACCGCCGCCGCCGACGACCCCUCGUCGCCCGAUUCGUCUCAGCAGCUCGGCGUCGCCGGCCCAGCGGGCGGUCUUCCCGCCGAUCAGCGCAAGGACAGCGUCGUCUCUAGCCACAGCAUGCGCUCCAACCACAGCGGCAUCUCGCCCAAGACCUCGUACGCCAACUUGCCGGGCAUCGCCCACCAAGAUCGUCACGUCUCGGCAGCAGCGGCGGCAGCGGCAAGCGCGGCGGCGGCGGCGGCUUCGUCGGGCGCAGGCUGGGCAGUCACCACGCCCGAGGACAAGCCCGCCAACGGACGCGCCGAUCAUGCGUAUCAGUUUCCGCCGUCCGCUGAUCCGAAAGGAGGUCCUCUGCUCAGCGUGCGCAAGUCGAGCGCCGGCUCCGGCCAGGAGGCCAGCUCGAGCUGGCUGGCGCCCGACAGUUGGGCAGUGCAGCCCGACAAGAUGCGCGACUACCUUCGCGACGACAACGUCGGAGAAGAGGACGACGACGAUGAGGACCCGACCCUGCCGACCUACGGUGCGGAUGGCAAGAAGCGCGGCUCCAGCUCCGGCGUCAGCUCCGCGCAUGCGGCUAGCAUGUUCCGCUCCUCGUCCAACGACCCGUUCAAGAAGGCCGCAUCGCUGGCGGGCUCGCGUCGAGGCACCGAAGAGUCGGUCGAUCCGCUCACUGUUCUGCCUCCGCUGCCCGGCAGCAAGUCGGUCGACGACACCGCCAACAGCCGCGUCGACGUGCUGCAGCAGACCAACAACGUCGCCCAGUCGGCGCUGGCACAGCAGCAAUCGCACGCGCAGACUCAUCCGCUCGGUUCCAGCCACAUUCGACCCAGUUCACGAGGAGGCGCUGGCGCUCACAUGCUUGCUUCCGCGGGUGCCUCCGCUGCUGCCGCUGCGGCCGGCAAGCUAGGUCUUCAUCGUCCGUCCAAGAUUCGUAUGAACACGCGUCCCGGCACAGCAGGCUCCAUUGGCGCCACGCGGCCGUCGACCACCACGCUGGGCUCCAACUUGUCCGCCGAGGACGACAGCAGCAUCGGCACGGCAGCAGCGCGACGAGACGGCCAUCCUCUCAAGCGGUCCACUACCACCGCCGUCAACGCGGCUCCCAGCAGCGCGCUUCGCAACCACUUUAUCCGCGUCUACAAGACCGACGGCACGUUUGCCACGCUCUCGUGCUCGCUGCUGUCGACGGCCAAUGAGGUGCAGACCAUCCUCGCUCGCAAGAGUCUCACCACCGAGUCGGCCGCCUACCGGCUUUUCGUUCGCGACAAGGGUUCAGAGCGACCGCUCGGCAUCUCGGACAAGCCCGUGCAGCUCCAGCGGCGUCGUCUGAUGCAAGCCGGUCAUACCGAGAACGAUGGUUUGGAGGAGAUGGGCAGAGACGACCUCUCGUAUCUCCUUCGCUUCGUCUUUCGCCCCGACAGUGUGCCCACCUUCGACUCCGAGUCGAUCGGCCAGAGCGAGCACACCUUCGCUCAUCUCGACCUGCAGAGCCGCAACCUCGAGAUGGUGCCCAUCUUCUUGUACAAGCACGCCGACUGGAUCGUCAGUCUCGACCUGUCGGGCAACCCCAUGUCGGAUCUUCCGCUCGACUUUGUCCAGCUCUGCUCGAGCCUGCGCACGCUGCGACUCUCGAACCUCGCCCUCAAGCGCAUCCCACAGAGUGUGCGUCACAGCGAGACCUUGACGCAUCUUGACGUCUCCAACAAUCGAAUCGUCGAGCUCUCGCACAUCAGCCUCGAUCUCAUCCACGAGCUCAUGUCGCUCAAGGUGCAGAACAACCGGCUCUUCGAUCUGCCCUCGUACUUCGCCAGCAUCCACACGCUCCGAAAUCUCAACAUCUCGAACAACCGCUUCGACGAGUUCCCGCAGGUCAUCUGCGAGAUGCCUUCGAUCGUCGAUCUCGACAUUUCGUUCAACUCGAUCACCGAGCUGCCUGCCGAGAUCGCCCAGCUGGUGAACCUGGAGCGAUUCAUUUUGGCCGGCAACGAGCUCGAGAAGCUGCCAGACAGCAUGAGCGAGCUGAUCAACCUGCGCACCAUCGAUCUGCGUCGCAACAAGGUGCAGGACGUCUCGUCGCUGCUCGGGCUACCGCGCCUGCAGAACAUCCAGGCCGAGAGCAACAACAUCAAGUCGUUCGAGGCUACGCUGGGUCCGCAGCUGACGCAGGUGGAGCUGGGCCGCAACCCGCUCAGCAAGGUGCGCAUCGCCGCUCUCACCACGUGCGACUUGACUUCGCUCGACCUGUCUUCGACCAACUUGACGCGUCUCGAGGAGGGUCUGAUCCCGCAGCUGCCGGCGCUGGUCAAGCUGAUGCUGGAUGGCAACCAGCUGGUGGUGCUGCCGGACAACCUCGGCGAUCUCAAGCGACUCGAGACGCUCUCGUGUAGCAACAAUCUGCUUGCCACGCUGCCCGAGUCGAUCGGCGAUCUCAAAGCGCUCAAGGAGUUGCUCGUGCACAACAAUAAUCUCAAAUCGCUGCCGCAAUCGCUGUGGCUCUGCGAGAGCCUCGCUCACAUCAACGUCAGCUCCAACUUGCUCGAGUCCUUCCCGACAGCGCCGGACGUCCGCAUCGAGACCUCGGCCGGCGACGUGACCCCCGCCGCAGGCGUGUCGGCCAUCUUGGCCUCACGAAAGGGCUCCACAAGUUCCUCGUUGACGCACCGCUCCACCACGGGCAACGGCAACGGCAACGGCAACGGCAACGGCAACGGCAACGGUGACACCAAGAUCUCGACGCCCUCCGAGGUCUUUGUAGCGCCGCUCUCGCUCAGCUUGCAGAAGCUGCGUCUCGGUGACAACCGCCUCGGCGACGAGGUCUUUAGCGUCUUGUCCGAGCUUACCUCGCUCGAAGUGCUCAACCUCAGCUUCAACGAGAUCUUUGAGAUCCCCGACUUUACCCUGCAGACGCUCACCAAGCUGCGCGAGCUGUACAUCAGCGGCAACCAGCUGAGCACGAUUCCGAGCGAUGACCUGGUGGUGCUGCAGGAGCUCCGCAUCCUCCACCUCAACUGCAACAAGCUCACCACGCUUCCCGUCGAGCUCGGCAGGCUCAAGAAGCUCUACAACCUCGACGUCGGCAACAAUGUGCUCAAGUACAACAUUGCCAACUGGCACUACGAUUGGAACUGGAACAUGAACCCCGAGCUGCGCUACCUCAACCUGUCGGGCAACACGCGUCUCGAGAUCAAGACCAAGCUCAGCGACAUGGGCUUCACGCGCAAGUCGAACAUUUCCGACUUUAGUCGCUUGACGAGCCUCCGCAUGCUCGGCUUGAUGGAUGUGACGAUGCCCUUGCACUCGAACGCCACGCCAGACGAGUCGGACAACCGACGUGUGCGCACGUCGCUCUCCCAGAUCAACGGCAUGGCGUACGGCAUCGCAGAUGCGCUUGGCAAGCACGACAACCUGAGCGUCAUCGACCUGGUGAUCCCCACCUUCCGCAAGGACGAAGGCGAAUGCGUCUUUGGUCUCUUUGACGGACGUGGACAUGGUGCCCACGUCGGCAGCCGCAUCGCCCACCAUCUGGCCGAGUGGAGUGGACAUCGCCUGUCGUGGGAGUUCCAGCAGCAUCAGAAAGAGCAGGGGAGCGAGCCCGUGUCGGUGCCGGAUGCGCUUCGUCGGGCGUUCCUUCGACUGCAGAAGGACUACGCCGAUGCGCUCAUCGAUGCCGGCGGCCGCAAGCUCUCGGAAGCGCAUGCGGAGGCGGCGGCCGACGCCACGCGAAGCUCGGCGCCCGCGAUCGCCGCUGCGUCCAACAAGCACGACUGGCGCGCCGGUGCCUCGGCCAUCUUGGCGUACGUGGUGGACCGAACGCUCUACGUGGCCAACGCGGGAGAUGCGCUCGCUGUCCUGUCGCGCAACGGCGGCACGGCUCAUCUGAUCAGCAGCAAGCACGAACCGUUCGACCGUGCCGAGAUUGAGCGGAUUCGAUCGGCCGAAGGAUGGGUGUCGUUGCGUGGCUACGUCAACGACCUCCUCGACGUCUCACGCUCGUUUGGCUAUUUCCACCUCUUCCCCAUCGUCAAUGCUGCGCCUGCGGUGACGACGGUGCAGCUGACCGACUCGGACGAGUUUGUCAUCAUCGCCAACCGCACGCUGUGGCAGUACGUGUCGUACCAGACGGCGGUCGACAUUGCGCGCACGCAGCGAAACGAUCCGAUGAUCGCGGCGCAGAAGCUGCGCGACUUUGCCAUCAGCUACGGUGCCGAAGAGAGCAUCAUGGUGAUGGUCAUCUCGGUGGGCGAUCUGUUCUACCGAUCGGACCAGCGCAACGGAGCCGGUCUUCACUUUGCCAACUACCAGAACAGCGACGCCAUUAAAAAGGCAGGACGUCGCUUCCGCGAGGAGCUUCCUGGCGACCGCACCUUGGCGAGAUUGGAUCGCGAGGUGGCCCCGCCGAUCGGUCAGGUGGCGCUUGUCUUUACGGAUAUCAAGAACUCGACGUCGCUGUGGGAGACCAACAACGGCAUGCAGACGGCGAUGCGACUGCACAACUACCUGCUGCGUCGACAGCUGCGCACGAUUGGUGGCUACGAGGUCAAGACGGAAGGCGACGCGUUCAUGGUUUCGUUCCCCUCGGUCAGCGCCGCCUUGCUGUGGUGUUUCACAGUGCAGCAGCAGCUCCUGCAAGAGGACUGGCCGCGCGAGAUCCUCGACAGCGAGGACGGCAAGGAGGUGUACGAUUCGUCGGGCGAGCUGAUCCACCGCGGUCUGUCGGUGCGCAUGGGCAUCCACUGGGGACGACCGGUGUGCGAGGCGGAUCCGAUCACGCGACGCAUGGACUACUUUGGUCCGAUGGUCAAUCGUUCGGCUCGUAUCAGCGGUGCUGCCGAUGGUGGACAGAUCCUGGCGAGCAAAGACGUGAUCAAGGAGCUGCAAGGCUUGCUGGGCACGUUUGACGAGGCGUCGGCGGCUGACAACGGCGAUGGCGGCGGCGAGCAUCUGGAAAAGACCGAGGAGGAGCUGGACGAGGACGCGUUCCGACUGCUCAACCCGAACGUCAGCCGAGAUGUGGUGUUGCUGCGAAGGAUGGGUUUCGGUCUCUCGCAGCUGGGCGAGCGCCGAUUGAAAGGUCUCGAAACGCCCGAGAUGCUGUGGCUGGUGUACCCGAAGCAGCUGGCGGGACGACUGGAGCAGGCCAAGACGGACGAUGCGGUGGAUGCGCCCAAGGCGCAGGUGUACGAGCCGACGGUGCAGUUGUUGGAUAUUGAUGACGUCAAGCAGGUGGGCAUGCUGUGCUUGCGUCUCGAGUACCUGUCGAAUUCGACCGUCUGUCCUGGCGUGUUGGCGACGAAGGUGGGCGAUGCAGCGCGAUCCAACCCGUCGACGCCGCUGGGCGAGGCGACGCGGAACCCGAUGGACGGCGACACAGACAAGGCGGGUGGCGAGAACUCGGUGCUGCUUCUGUCGCAUCAGGCACGCCGAAAGGGUGUCGAGGCGAUGCUGAGCAUGCGGCCCGAACUGCUCAUCUACAGCAUCCGAGAUGAUGCGACCGACGAAGAGCUGGCAGGCAUCCUGGACCAGCUCACGACGCGCAUCCAGAACGCCGUAGCCUCGCUGACGCUCAACGUGCUGCGCGAGAAGACGGCCAAUGGGAGCAGGGAUCUCAGCGCGGAUCCGAGCGUGAUGGAGCUGCUGCAGAGUUUGCUCUCGCAGCCAUCCCUGCCACGCGCGAUUGCGGCGACGCCAUCGAGCCCGCUGACGAGCCCUCGUGCUCGGAUGAUCGAGUUGCUCCCGUAA